UAACAUCGUCGCUUCCUUUUCCUUCGGACUACAAAAAGCUUCCUUAGCUGCAGCCACUCAACUGGCUAUUUCUCUAAACAUCACUGUCUUUCCCCCUAAAUACAAUGAUUUUCACCACCUUUUCCCGCUCUGCGCUGCUAUUUCCACUUGUCCUUUGGGACAUGUCUGUUUUCGCCAUACCGGUCGCCGUAUGUGAGCAGCAGGCUUCUGCCAAAGUGUCUCUCGUCGGUCUUGUAUCGGACGCCCCCAGCCUCGAAAAUCUUUUUAUUCGCGACACCGGAGACAUACUCGUCACUUCCACCAGAAGUUCCACGCUCUUCCAGGUCUCGCCCUCGAACCUUUACUCGCCACUCGCUAUUGGUGAGAUUCCUGGCUACACAGGGUUACUUGGGAUAGCCGAGAUGGAGAAGGACAUAUUCUAUGUUGUUGCAUCCAACCUCACAGAAACGAGUUAUUCGAACGCAGUGUGGCAGGUUGAUCUGCGUGACGGAGCAGAGCCACGCUCGGGCAGCAACUCUACCGCUCGAAUCAGUCAUGUUGCCGAUUUUGCCUCGGCCGAACAAUUAAAUGGCAUGACGCGUUUGAGUCCGAGCGAUGCCGAUCAUCUUCUUCUUUCCGAUUCAGCCAACGGGACCAUUACGAAACUCAACGUCCGCACUGGCCUUGCUGAAGUCAUUCUGAAUGACCCGACCAUGCAACCCCUGUCUUCUGGUCUUGGUAUAGGUGUCAACGGGAUACGCACUCUGGGGAGUAAGCUGUUUUUCACCAACUUGGACCAGAAGGUUUUCGCGUCCAUUCCAAUUUCCCCUGCGGGCCUUGCCACCGGUCCUGCCGAGAUUCUUGCUACGAAUAUCACCUUUCAAGACGAUUUCGCUCUGUCCCCGUGUGGAACACGAGCCUGGAUAGCCACGAAUGGCCCGAUGGAAAUCUUUGAGGUCGACAUCCUGAAGAAGGCCAAGCGCAUCAGAGCUACGUCGCCAUUCCUCGGCUCCUCUUCAUCUGUGGCAGCCUCUUUCGCAAACUCGAGUCAACAGCUUUACGUCACGGGAGCACUGGCCAUUGGUAAUUCAAGCCAGGGCUCGGUUGCGAGAAUUGACUUAGCGUCUUAGCAUAUACCCUUUAUGUGCAGGGCUUCUUCGAUUCAGACCAAAGAUGUUCUCUCAUUUUGCGCCGCGUAGAUAGACCCUUGCCAUAUGUCUUAGGGCUUCCAUCCAAGUCAGGUCAUACUCUCCAAGGUUGCCAAAUCUAUGGGUGGCUCUAUUUGACACGAGAGUGUGAGAGGAUUGAUCGCGAGAAUGAGGCGUCGCAAAUAAUAUGGUGACCAUUAAUUACCGAGGAUAAUAUCCAGAAACAAACAAGAAGGAAACCGGAAGGCGGGAAGGGGGGAGGGGGCCCAAAGAAAACCAAGAAGUAAACUAAGAAAUCAGGCACGCAUGCGGACUUUUAUGUUUUAUCAUAUAAUGUCGCUUACUGUUAGAGAAAUUAUCGAUAUCCAGCCGCAAACGCCGCAGCAUGCCUGGACCCAAUUUUUUCAGCCUUUCCUCCCGAUACUGUCAGAACACAGGGGCUGCUUUAAUGCCGAC